AUGAAUCAAUAAUCAUUGCCUUAAUUACAAAAAUUCAAACAAAUUGCUCAAACUCCGGAUGAAAAUUCCAAAAGAGCAGAUGAAGUGACUCGAUUGAAGUAAUAGGUUGCUCAAUUGCAAAAAUAGAUUGAAUUUGUACAAUAGAACAAAUCAUUCGUUAUGAAAAUUCAAAAUUAGUAAUGCACACUCUGUCUCAGAUAUAAAGUACAAAGGUACUUGAUUUAUUGUAGACCUAAAUUGAAUAACUAAUCAAACAGGAAAAAUAGAUCAAGAAAUAAUACGAAUUAAAAAUUGAAGAAUUGUUGUAAGGUUAAAACCAAUCAAUUUCAAAGUAAAAAUUAUCCCAAACAUCACAAACUGAUAAAGUUCCUACUUUGGAUAGAGAGACUUAAGUUGAAUUGUUGAUUGAAUCGCAACCUCAAUACAAUUAAAUUGAUAAUCUCAAACAAUCGCCUUUGGUGAAACAAUACGAAGAAAUAAUCAUAGAUUUUCAUAAAGAUUACCAAAACAAAGUCUAUUAAGUUUUAUAAUAUAAAGAGUUAUAUGAAAAGUAGAAAUAAUAAUAUGAGCAAUUUAAAUCCUAACAUACAAAUUGCAAUGAGAAGAUCCAUAAAUUGCAAAUUGAAAUUAGCCUACUUAAGGAUACUUCCAAUCAAUACAAACUGCCUGAUAACAUUUUGAAUCUUAAAAGAUCGAUCGAUUGCACAAUUGAAUAGAAUAAGAUGAAUUAAAUUGUGAUGAAGACUCAGGAGGGUGAUAGUUCACUAAAGUUGUAUUAGUAACUCUAAUAGAUAGAGACUGAUCUGUAUGUCAGUCUUAGAUGUUCAAAAUGCAAGGAGUUGUUUAUAAAUCCAUUCACUUUUGUGCCUUGUUUUCAUAGUGUUUGUUAAAGAUGCCAUUGCAAUAAGUGUGAAAGAUGCUAAAAGGAUGCCACUUCUUUUAGAAAUGUGAAUUUAGAUCUCUUAGUUAAGGUUUAUCAUUAGAUUAAGGAUAUCCAAUUAAAAAGAUGA